AUGCAAUUUGAUGAUGAAACCAAUGCUGAAGAAGCUCAGGAAAAUGCCAUGAAGCAGACCUUACAUCACUGCCAACCAAAUAGCCCACUCCAGGAUCAGAACCCAAUGGAAGACACAGAAGCUGGAGGCACUAUCGGAACUGCUGUACUUUUGGCUUCAGAAGUUGUGGGUAGCUGGGCGUGCAGCACAGCUCCUUCUGUCCAUGGCGAAAAUUAUUUUCCUACGAGUGAAGACAAAAUGAUGAAGAGGGUGCCACAGCUAUACAUGAGUCCAGUAGUCUGUCAUGGUGCCAUAAGUGGCGAUGAUCAAGAUACAGGUGAAAGAGAAGGGACUUCUGAUUCUGAUACAGAAGACUGCUCCGAUAAUGAUGACGACAACAAAAUUGAUUCUCAAGGUGCAUCUGACGCUGAAACAGCUGGUAGCGACCAAGCUAACGAGGAUCCUAGAUGUGAUGAUGAAAUAGAUGAAGACGAUGAAGCCACUCAAGAAGAUUCAGUUGGAUAG